UCAUAUCGAACUGUUUAUCUUCCUGCUCCAUCUUCUUCUUCAGUCCUCGACACCAUCUCCACCACCAUCAUCACUAGCAGCACCACCUUCACCAGGUACAAAAGCGUUCACUUUUUAUAUUCUUGUUUCUUGAUUUCAAUUUCGGUUUCGAACGUACCACCCAACAAUUUAUUCAUGCCAAUUUUGAUUCCAGCGCCACCUACCUCCACCUCCAUCAAUUUCAAUUCAUGCCAAUUUUGAACCACAAGCAGAAACGAAUACAUAAAAUUAGAAUUCUUAAAUCCGAAAAGGGUAUUGAUUUUAAUUCGAGUUUUGGAGAGCAGAUUGAAAAGGGUAUGAGCUUAAUUAGGGUUCUAUAGGAAUUGAGACGAGAAGUAGAUGAGAAGAAGAGUUCAAGUAUUGAAUCUCUGAAAUUUGAUAUACGAAGUAAAGGGUUUGAUUAGAGAUUAGAAGAUGAGAAUCGAACAAAAGUUUAGGGAUGUUGGGUUCAAAUCUGAAGUAGUAAUGGGUUGGAAGCCAGAGUGAGAAAUGGGCAUUGCAGGUUGAGCUGAAAUGGUGCAGUGCCUAUUGUUCUAAGCUUGUGUUAAAUUCAGUAAUGGUGAUUUGAAAUUGUCAAUUGAGGUUCUGGUGAGAAUAGUUACAGCUGGAGCUACAGGGAGUGAUUGAUUGGUGUUGCAGGUGUUUUGAGUUGAGCUGUACAGGCAGUUGAGAUGCAGUUACUGGUUUGAAUGCUGUUGUUUUCAGCUAUGAAGCUACAGGGUUACAGUUGAAGAUAGAGGAGUUACGAUGUGUUGCAGUCAGGGAAUAUGCAAAAUGAAUGUGACUGUAGGCAGAAUGACAAUGGCUUGAGCAAGGAGCUUCUUACUGUUUUGAAGUUAGCUCUGAAAUGUUUGAAUGGUUGCAACUGAAGUUGUGACAAAGAUGGUGUAGGACAGGUCUGAACAGUGCAGGUGUAGUGGCUUGGGUUGCAGUUAUGAAGUCGUUGUUGUUGAAGUUGAGAUGAAGAAUGAGAAGGUGAUGUUGAAGAUGUUGCCUCGCAGCUUCCCGCAAAGAUGUGAAAGACUUCAUGUUGGAUUUGUAGAGUGGAACGCUGGACAUUGGCCCAGGUGUAAGUCCUAGAUUAGCAAGCAAAUCAGGUAACAGGAGUGAUCCCAACUCUGAGGAUGAAGCAAAAACUGGCAGCAAAAGAAGAAGACACGGCAGAGGACCUGCGAGAGAGAAUGACCUUAUUUCAGCGUUAUUGCACUAGCAGAUGCAUAUUUUUCCACCUUGCCAGCCAUCACCAAUUCCUAAAUCAAAAGCGUAUUCGCUCCUAGAAAACUUCCUGCAAGACGAGCUAGACUUAUGGUGUAUAACCUUAUGUCUUGGUCUGAUUGAUAGGCAAACUAUAGUGGUAAUAAAAUUCAAGGACCGUAAACCUUUUCCUUUUCCUAAAGCUGAUUAAGUAACAAAGUACAGUUUGUGUGUUAUGGUUUUUGCUUCUUUGCUGUCGAAAAUUAUUAACUUCUUUGGGGUUCUGAUUAUUGGGUAUUAUGUACUUUUCAUUAUGAUGGAGGGAAGCAUAAAGCCAAGGAUUAUGGAGGAGGAGAAACCCGAACUUCCAACCAAUAAGGAGUCAUCGAGUUUGCCAAGAUUAUAUAUGGGCAUCUCGAAGCUGUAGUGUUACAGAACUUAAGAAAACAUUGGACUCAGUGAGCACAAAUUGUCCUAACUUAGAGAGCCUAUUCUUUGAAUCUCUUGAAACAGUGGACAUCAACUGGAAGUUUUGACCUUACUGACUGCAUGCAUCUUAAAGAAGUGUAAGUGGGUCGAGUUUUGGUAUAAAUUCCUUAAGCUUGUUGUACGGGUGGAAAUAUGGUUGGAUGCACAAAGCUCUUUCAUGCUGCUGAGUUUGUCCACAAGCAUUUGAGAUUGAAACACCUGGACCUCGUGAUGAAUCUGACUUCUAAAGUGCGUGAAGAGUUAUAUUUUUACAAUUACAUGAAUGAUACAGAUGCUCCCGAUGGUCAGCCUGUCAUGGAGCAACCACUUCCGAGAGAUAUGCCACAACGGAGUAGGAUGGAUAACCAACGACUAAGAGAUGAUUGUGGGAACUAUCAUCGCAAAGAUCAGGAGAGGGUUGAUAGAAAAGGUGGUGGUGGUGGUGAUGAUGAAAGGUUUGACAAGACUGAGAAUUCGCCAUCUCGAGAUGUCCAGUCGAACAGAAUUGGUGGUGGUGGAGAUCCUGACGAACUAAUGUAUGAUACUUAUGGUGGAGCUGGAGGAUCUGGCUUGUAUGGUGCUCAAUUCCUAUCUGAUCUAGCUCCACCUCCCCCAGUAUUGAUGCCUGUUACUGGUGCUGGGCGACUAGGGCCUUUUGUCCAUGCCCCGCCCAAAGUUGCAAUGCGGAUGCUGAGGGAGCAGGGUGGUAAUCCUUUCGAAGGAACUGUUGCUAGGAAUGGGCGCGUUAGACCCCAGGUGAUCGGUGGUGGACCCACUCCAAUAAUUGAUGUAUCUCUAGCCUUUCGGCCGGAUCCCCGACGCCUUCGUAGUUAUCAGGAUCUUGAUGCCCCAGAAGAUGAAGUCACCGUUAUAGAUUUCCGAAGUUUAUAGAUCUUCUCGUUGUGUCAAGAAUUCAAAGAUCUGUGGAUUCUGCAGCUGCUUAUAGGUCAUAAAGGAUGUGUGGCUUCUCUCGGGUGGAGGUUUCGAGUGGAAUUUAGUGCACUGUUUACUGAAUGCAGGUGUCAUUUUUGCUUUUCUUAUGCUGUAUUAGACGACUGGAGUUUUGUGUUAUUCUUCAUAAUGGUAGUAGUAUGCUGAAUAAUAAUGUUUUUUUGCUA